UAUUUGUGGCUAUACGUAGAAAAGCAGAAGCAAAGUCCUACGCCUGCUGUAUCUGUAAAACUUUAACUUCCUAAUCUUCCAAAACGAAAAGAUCUGUCUGGGAGGACACAACUGAAAAAGCUCGUCUCCAGGAGUACAGUACAGAGGGUACUCGUCUAAAGCAGGAUGAAAAAUGGGCAUUACGGUGCUGACACUGUUAAUCACAAUAACUAUCAGACACGCUCUGGCUUCUCCAGUUAUUGAACCUGUUGGAGAAGAGCUUAUUAUCAAAAAAGGAGAAUCCAUUACUUUAAAUUGCUCUGGGACACAGACUGUGACAUGGAAGAUGCCAAGCUCAUCAAAAAAAAUAAAAGUUACAAACAAUGACACCAUGAGCAUGCUGGAAAUUACUGGGGCAACAAAUUUGCAAACUGGGACCUACGAAUGCUUCUACAGCACGAAUGUUUCAGAAAAGGCCUCAGUGCACCUCUUUGUAACAGGCUCCCAGCUCUGGCAUAACCUUGAAGAUAGAAUUUAUGUUGAUGAAGACACAGAAGCCAUUUUACCAUGCUUGAUAACAGACCCAACAAUACCAAUAUCUGCGAUUUCCCUGAAAAUGCUCAGUAAUAAUAAUGUUAUCCCAAUUCCAGCAACAAUGAAUGCAACUUUUAAUCCCCAUAAAGGAUUUACUAUCUAUAAUGUGCAAAUCGAGUUUGACAAUAUAUACAUAUGUCAAGCAAGAGGGAAACAUUCUGAUGAAAUAACUCUGUCUGUAAAAGAAGUGCCAAAGGUGGUACCUUCACUUGAGCUGGACUCUUACUUACAUAUUCAAAUAGAAGGGGAACCCCUCACGAUUACCUGCAAAGUGUCAAGCAGUGUAGAACCCCAAGUGAAAUGGCAAUAUAAUGCAGAAAACGUGUUGGUGACUUAUCAUUUCACAUAUAACAAACACACUUGGACCAAAAUCUCUGUAUUACAUAUCCCUGAGGUGAAAAUGACUGACAGUGGGAUUUACAAAUGCACUGGCACAAACAAAGCAGGAUCCAGUACGACUUUCACAACUCUUAAAGUUGUAGAAAGGGGUUAUGUUAAGCUCUCUGCCUCCCAGAACAACAGCAUUGUUUUGAAGGUGGCCCAGAAUGUGAAAAUGAAGGUAGAGAUUGAAGCAUAUCCAACGGAUCUAUACUGGCAAUGGAUCCACGUGAAUGGUGACAAUUUAGCAAAUGUGACUGCUCUUGGAAAAAUACAGUCCUUAGGACCUUACAGCUAUGUGAACAUUCUCACACUGAAUCGCUUACAGAUAAAUGAGAGUGGGACCUACACCCUUUCUGUGUACAACUCAAAGGCCAAUGCUUUGUUUAGCUUUGAAGUAAUUCUGCUCUGCCCCCCUAAGGUUGCUAUAAGCAGUUCUUACAGUGGAGAUGGUACUAUAGUACUGAAUUGCACAGCUUGGGGAAAUCCACUGCCUUCCAUUGCAUGGAUGUGUGCAAACCAGAACUGCACCUUCGAUCCAGAACAGAGGAUAGCCAGUCCUGAAACCAGGAUCUUUGAUACCAGAGUGGAAAGUGUGUUAUUCAUUCAUGAAUCUCAGCUGAAUAGCAGUAUUGGCUGCAAUGCCUCCAACAGUGAGGGGACGGAUUCACAAACAACUGUAUUAACAGCUAGGGUUACGACUACUAUGCACAUGGUGGAAAAUAGCCUUUUCAAUCCAUUGUUGACGGCAAUCACGGUAUUCGGAGUGUUCCUAUUCAUUCUCACAGUGUUCCUGUAUUAUAAAUAUCAACAGAAGCCAAAAUAUGAAGUUCGCUGGCAGAUUGUGAGAGUCUCUGAAGGAAAUAAUUAUACGUGCAUUGACCCAACGCAGCUACCGUACAAUGAAAGAUGGGAAUUCCCAAGGAACAACCUACAUUUUGGAAAAACACUAGGAGCAGGUGCAUUUGGAAAGGUCAUGGAAGCCACGGCAUUUGGAAUGGGAAAAGAUGAUUCAGCCCUCAGAGUGGCUGUAAAGAUGCUGAAACCCAGUGCACACAGAGAUGAGGUCGAGGCUUUGAUGUCAGAACUGAAAAUUCUGAGUCACUUGGGAAACCAUCAAAAUAUUGUCAACUUAUUGGGAGCAUGCACUCAUGGAGGUCCAAUUCUGGUCAUUACGGAGUACUGUCAACAUGGGGACUUGUUGAACUUCUUGAGACGAAAGGCAGAGUCCAUGAACAGAAUGUUUGCUGCUCUACACACCAACAGUGACUACAAAAAUAUGUCUAUGGAGAAAAAAUACAUGGGAAGUGACAAAGACAGUUACCUUGAAAUGAAGCCGGCAUCCAACAACAAUGUAGUUCAAGGUACCACUGACACUGAAGAAGAUGACACAGAUGAUCACUUACCGUUGGAUCUUCAUGACCUUUUGAAUUUUUCAUUACAAGUAGCACAGGGAAUGGCCUUCUUAGCUGAAAAGAAUUGUAUUCAUCGAGAUGUUGCAGCCAGGAAUGUGUUGGUUACUGAUGGACGUACUGCUAAGAUUUGUGACUUUGGCCUGGCCAGAGACAUUGAAAAUGAUUCGAACUACGUCGUUAAAGGCAAUGCUCGCCUGCCAGUGAAAUGGAUGGCACCAGAAAGCAUAUUCGACUGUAUUUACACUGUGCAGAGUGAUGUCUGGUCCUAUGGAAUUCUGCUGUGGGAGAUAUUUUCACUUGGCAGGAGCCCAUAUCCUGGCAUUCUGGUGAAUCAAAAGUUUUACAAGAUGGUGAAGGAUGGCUAUAAAAUGGAUUGUCCCGACUAUGCUCCCCUGGAAAUAUAUCGCAUCAUGAAGACCUGCUGGGACCUUGAACCAACUCGGCGACCAACCUUUAACCAGAUAAGUGACCUCAUCAACAUGCAAAUGGGAAAUAUAAAAGAGCAGGAUUACACCAACAUCACACAGAUGCAUGAAGAAAAUGAAUGUCUGGACAUAAAAUGUGAGGCGAACGAGCCCUUCAUUAAAGGCAAUAAUUACCAGUUCUGUUAGCCAGGAAGAGAUGGGAGAGAUCCUAGGACACUUGAGAAAGCAACGUAUUAACCUACAGUGGAUGUUUGGAGUACUAGUGCAGGGUGGCCUCAUAAAUGGGCUUUGUACUUCCAUAUACAUCAACACAUGGUAUAGCUCAGGGCAUUCUAAAUAGUAAGCUAAUCAAGAGGUAUAUCCACUUUCUUUGUGCCAGUAAUUAGAGUAGUGUAAAUAUUAAGAAGCAUUACAUUUUAACGUGACUGAAAAGGGUAUGUUUGCAAUGUUUUCAUUUUGUUCUUUAUUUGUCAACAAAAACGAUAGAAAUCUGUCACUGACAAGCAUUUUACUACUGACUUCCCUUGUAUAUGCAUAUUGCAUCAUUGUGAAAUUAUACUGUUAAAUCAUGUAUUUGAUAAAGUUUAAAAAAAAUCUCAUGCUCAGUUGGUAUAUGUCAAAUGCCUGCCAAUCUAUGGAUGAACAAACGGAGUUCUUCAUACCUGCCUAUCAACGAAUUGACUAAUUUGUCCAUAGAUUAACAGGCAUUUGAUUGUGUACAAGUCUAAUGUGUGCCUUACCUUUUUCUUUAAUCAGCAAAAUCUUAUAAGA